GAGCCAGCAGGACAGAUGGAGGCAGGGCAGGGGAGACAGACACACCUUGGGGAUGAGCUGGCUGAGGACCAUCCCUUGUUCUAUGGGAUUGGGAGCAGGGGGAGAUACCAGGUCCCCGAGGGAAAGCGACUUCUGGGUCUCUGGAAAGAGGUUCAGAGUUUUGUUUUCUUAUGUGGAGAGAGUUGGGGGUUGGGGGAUUUGCCAUUAGAUUUCCUGUCACAGGAAGUGGGGCUGGUGGGUUCAGAGGCAACAUCCGGCCCCAAGCCUGUCAGGUCUAGGAGAGCAGCCCCCACACACCCCAUUUAUCUCCUUUCUACCUUUCCUUUAACCUUCCCAACUCUGCUAGCCCCCAGGCCCUGCCUCCCUAGGACCCAGCCUGCAGCGCCCUCUUCCCUCAGACCCAGGAGUCCAGACUCCCAGUGCCUCCUCCCUCAGACCCAGGAGUCUAGGUCCCUGGCCUCUCGUUCCUCACACCGAGGAGUCCAGGCCCCCAGUUCCUCCUCCCUCAAACUCAGAAGUCUGGGCCCUUGGCCUCUCCUUCCUCAUACCCAAUCUGCAGCCCAUUCCUCCCUCAGACCCAGGAGUCCGGCCCCCAGCCCCUCCUCCCUUAGACCCAGGAGUCCAGACUCCCAGUGCCUCCUCCCUCAGACCCAGGAAUCUAGGCUCCCAGCCUGUCCUUUCUCAGACCAACCUGCAGCCCCUCCUCCCUCAGACCCAAGAGUCAGGUCUCCUUUCUCAGACCUAACCUGCUGCCCCCUCCUCCCUCAGACUCAGGAAUCCAGCCCUGUGGAGCCCAUGGAGGCAGAGGACAUCGCCCGAGGGCUGGCCCCAGGACCACCGCGGCCUGGCCUGGUGCCAGUCAGCAUCAUUGGGGCUGAGGAUGAGGAUUUUGAGAAUGAGCUGGAGACGAACACAGAGGAGCACAACAGCCAGUUCCAGAGCCUGGAGCAGGUGAAGCGGCGGCCUGCCCACCUCAUGGCCUUCCUGCAGCACGUGGCCUUGCAGUUUGAACCGGGACCCUUGCUCUGCUGCCUGCACGCAGACAUGCUGGCUUCCCUGGGUCCCAAAGAGGCCAAGAAGGCCUUCCUCGACUUCUACCAUAGCUUCCUGGACAAGACCGCGGUUUUGCGGGUGCCGGUCCCUCCCACUGUCUCCUUUGAACUCGACCGCACGCGACCCGACCUCCUCUCCGAGGAUGUCCAGCGGCACUUCGUGCAGGAUGUGGUGCAGAACCAGCAGGCCACCGUCAGCCGGCUGCUGGAGGACUUCCGCUCCAAGCGGCUCAUGGGCAUGACACCCUGGGAGCACGACCUGACCCAGCUGGAGGCCUGGGUUGGGCGGGACCGUGCCAGCUUUGAGGCCCGGGAGCGGCACCUGGCCGAGCGGCUACUGACCCACCUGGAGGAGAUGCAACACACCAUCUCUCCCGAUGAGGAAAAGAGUGCCGCUGUGGUCAGCGCCAUCAGCCUGUACAUGCGCCACCUUGGGGUGCGGACCAAGAGCGGGGACAAGAAGUCGGGGAGGAAUUUCUUCCGAAAAAAGAUGAUGGGGAAUCGGCGGUCAGAUGAGCCAACCAAGACCAAGAAAGGCCUGAGCAUCUUACUGGACGCUGCUCGCUGGAACCGGGGCGAGCCUCAGGCCCCUGAUUUCCGACACCUCAAAGUCGAGGCUGAUGCUGACAAGCCAGGCCUUAUGGAAAGAAGGGGAGGCCUAGGGGUGCCCUCCCGGGACCGGAAUGUCGGGGCUCCUGGGCAGGACGUCCCUGGAAUUUCUCCACACCCUCUGUCUGGAGACAGCCCCGACCGGGAAGCAGGUGUUGAUGCCCCACCAGAGCUGGGGGACCCACCACCACAGGGCCCGGCCAGCCUGGAGCCCCUGGCGCCCCCAGAGAGCACUGAGGAGGGUGCUGACACAGAGAGAUGGAAGAGGCUAUCGGGGCGUCUGGGGCGCUCGGAGAGCCUGCGGGUGAGUGACCGCCGCCGGCCUUCCCGGGGCAGCCUCGGGGCUAAGGGCCGGGGUGGGGGCCGCUCCCGGAGUGACGUGGACAUGGACCCCAGCUCUGCCACGGCCGUGCUUGGCCCUACCCGACGAGCCACCCCUGAGCCUGGAGACGAAGGGGACCCGGCACGGUCAGGACUAGAACUAGAACCAGAAGAGCCCCCUGGCUGGCGGGAGCUUGUCCCCCUCGGCACCCUGCACAGCCUGCCCAAGAGCCAGGUGAAGCGGCAGGAGGUCAUCAGUGAGCUGCUGGUGACUGAGGCCGCCCAUGUGCGCAUGCUCCGGGUGCUGCAUGACCUUUUCUACCAGCCCAUGGCAGAAGGGGGCUUCUUCUCCCUGGAGGAGCUCCAGAACAUCUUCCCCAGCCUGGACGAGCUCAUCGAGGUGCAUUCCCUGUUCCUCGAUCGACUGAUGAAGCUCAGGCAGGAUAGUGGCUACCUCAUUGAGGAGAUCGGAGACGUGCUGCUGGCUCGGUUUGAUGGUGCCGAAGGCAGCUGGUUCCAGAAAAUCUCCUCCCGCUUCUGCAGCCGCCAGUCAUUUGCCUUAGAGCAGCUCAAAGCCAAGCAGCGCAAGGAGCCUCGGUUCUGUGCCUUUGUGCAGGAGGCCGAGAGCCGCCCCCGGUGCCGCCGCCUGCAGCUGAAGGAUAUGAUCCCCACGGAGAUGCAGCGUCUGACCAAGUACCCGCUGCUCCUCCAGAGCAUCGGGCAGAACACAGAGGAGCCAGCGGAACGAGAGAAAGUGGACCUGGCCGCUGAGUGCUGUCGAGAAAUUCUGCACCACGUCAACCAGGCCGUGCGCGACAUGGAGGACCUGCUGCGACUCAAGGAUUAUCAGAAGCGCCUGGACUUGUCCCACCUACGGCAGAGCAGCGACCCCAUGCUGAGCGAGUUCAAGAACCUGGACAUCACCAAGAAGAAGCUGGUGCAUGAGGGCCCGCUGACGUGGCGGGUGACGAAGGACAAGGCUGUGGAAGUCCACGUGCUGCUGCUGGACGACCUGCUGCUGCUGCUCCAGCGCCAGGACGAGCGGCUGCUGCUCAAGUCCCACAGCCGGACGCUGACACCCACACCCGACGGCAAGACCAUGCUGCGGCCGGUGCUGCGGCUCACGUCUGCCAUCACCCGCGAGGUGGCCACCGAUCACAAAGCCUUUUAUGUCCUUUUUACGUGGGACCAGGAGGCACAGAUCUAUGAACUGGUGGCCCAGACCGUGUCGGAACGGAAGAACUGGUGUUCCCUCAUCACCGAGACUGCUGGAUCCUUGAAGGUCCCCGCUCCCGCCUCUCGUUCCAAAUCCCGGCCCAGCCCGAGCAGCACCCGAGAGCCCCUGCUCAGCAGCUCGGAGAAUGGCAACGGUGGUGGCCGAGAGAUGCCCCCAGCGGAUGGCAGGACAGAAAGGAUCCUUAGCAUGCUCCUGCCCUACUGCAGGCCCGGCCCCGAGGGCCAGCUCGCUGCCAAGGCCCUGGAGAAAGUGCUGUCCCUGAAGCAGCUCCUAUUUCCCUCGGAGGAAGACAGCGGGGCGGGGCCUCCCCGUGAAGGGGAUGGGGUCCCAGGGGGCGGCUCCCAGAGCCAGAACCAGACCCAGGAGAUUCGGGAGAAGCUGCUCGGCCUGGAGGAGACUGUGAAACAGCUGGAGGAGGUAGAGGAGGAAUUUUGUCGCCUGCGACUCCUCCUGUCUCAGCUCGGGGAGAACGCUGCCCCCCAGCCUGGCUGUACCUGAGGCUCCCGGCCCCAGGCAGGCCUUUCGCAAGACUGAGGGCCACCCGCUGCCACCGCACAGCUGCCACCGCACAGCUGCC